ACCCUGAUGUCAACUAGCACCCUGGAGCGACUGAAAAAGUUUAAAGAGAUCAGUGCUGCAUAUGAGGUGCUAUCAGAUGAUAAGAAGCGGGCUUUAUAUGAUCAAUAUGGUGAAGCUGGAGUUAAGAGCACGAUGAGUGGGGGAUCUUCAACCUAUACGGAUCAAGGGCUCAAGUGGACUGAAGAUUGGUCCUUUGGUACUUGCUGGGAGUUACACAUCAAGGAUUCCAGGUUAAGCUUGUAAAGUGCCUUGUGCAAAAUAUUGUGGUUGAUAUAUCCUUCAAUCAAUUAGGAGGGCUAUGUACGUUAUGCUUUCUUGAGCAGGUUGAUCGCCUCAUUGGCAAACAUCAUCUCUUUAAACGUAGUAUCAUACUGAUUAAGGCAUGGUGCUAUUGUGAGAGUCGAAUUCUCGGUGCCCAUCACGGUUUGAUAUCUACAUAUGGUUUGGUGACCUUAGUUCUUUUUAUCUACGUGUCAUUAUUUCAGGUGAAAGGAGAUUUGAUCCUAAGGGACCACAGUAUGCAAACAACACUUCAAAACUUAAUCUGAUCUCUCAAGUCAGUGGAGAUCGCUCCUUCACAUGGAGGAUAUCUUCGUAA